CUUUAUUUGAGAAACGACGACGUAUUGAGGGACGCUCUCUAUCAGAGAAAGUCUCAAAAACCCAAAGUCUCGCCGAAGCGUCGAGGAGAAGCUCCGAUGAUGGCGUCGUGGAUGAGACUGAUACAGAGCGCGAGAUCUGUUUUAACGACAGCACCACCGUCGUCGAAUCUUAACCUCCCUAGAUUCUAUUCCAAACCAGCUCUUUAUCCCGUGAAGGUUGGGAUUCCUGAGUUCUUGAGUGGGAUUGGGGGAGGAGUUGAGACUCACAUUGCUAAACUUGAAACUGAGGUUGGUGAUCUUUCGAAGCUACUCGUGACGCGUACGCUUAGACUCAAGAAGUUUGGUAUACCUUGCAAACAUAGGAAACUGAUACUCAAAUACAGCCACAAGUACAGGCUUGGGCUAUGGAAACCUAGAGCCGAUGCUAUAAAGGUGUGAUCGAUGAUCCGAUCCCUGUGCUUAUCGAAUUCCCAGGCUAUCUCAUGCUUCUUUUUGCUUGGUGAAAUGAGAGAGUGAUCUAGGCAUAGCAAAUGUUGUCAAUUACUUGAUUUGUCUGCAUGUAUUCUCAUUCUGGUUCUAUUUCUAAUUCAAGGUUAAAUGACUCAUGAGUAUGCUAAAACUUUGCCCAUCAUAA